AUGACCCUACGUUCCUGUUGUGUGGACCUAAACGACAUUGCAUGCCCAACGCGCAUAACCGAUAUGCCUUCGCCAGAGAAGACACCUAUUCCACCAGCCGCAAAGCCGCGGUUCGGCAACAACUUCGAUCCAUACAACUCAAGCGCCACCGGACAUCAACGCCCGGAUCACGUCCCAGGCACAGGAUGGCGGAACAGCCGCGCCCGCAAGCUCUCGGAGCAGUUUGCGGGCGGUCACACUGGCGGUGCCCGCAUGAGUGACACGUAUGGCGCCGGGAGCGAGGACUUUGACGAGAAGCUGAAGAUGGUGGUGCCCAAGGACGUCAAGGCGAGGGCGAAGAUGAGCGUGGCAGACAUGCUGGUGCGGCCGGGGCUGAUGAGGAGCGGCUCUUCAGUCUCCGAGACCGGAUCCGCGACAUCUAGCACGUCUGCUGCAGCGUCGGGAGGGUUGGCGAGGAUGAGCGAAGAGGAGGUCAUGGAAGCUCGGCGGAAGGAGGACGAGGAUGUUGAGGCGACGAGGGCGGCUGGUAGGGGAUUGUUCGAGGGCGUCACGGUGUACGUCAACGGGAGCACGCAUCCCAUCAUCUCGGAUCACAAACUCAAGCGCGUCUUGGUCGAGAACGGUGCGCGCAUGUCUAUACAUCUCGGACGGAGGCAGGUUACGCAUGUCAUUGUCGGGAGACCGGCCGGCGUAGGCGCUGGAGCCGGCGGAGGACUCGCGGGCGGCAAACUUGAAAAGGAAAUUCGCAGGAUCGGCGGGUCUGCCGUCAAAUAUGUUGGCGUCGAAUGGGUAAUGGAGAGUCUCAAGGCGGGAAGUCGAUUGCCCGAAGCACGCUUCGCUCCUCUGAAAGUUGCGAGAGAGGGCCAACGAAGUCUGUAUGGAAUGUACGGGAAGCAGGCCUCCAAGGAGUCCCCUGCUGGGUCGGCAAGUUGA